AUGUCCAUGUCAACAGCUGCCGAGUUAAACGAUGUUGCAGUGGGACAAUACACACGACCAAAGCCAACCGACAUUCGCAGCCCUUGCCCAUUGUUAAAUGCCCUUGCAAACCACGGGUAUCUUCCCCGCGAUGGCAGGAGCUUUCACCAAGCAGAGCUUUCGGCAGCCCUGAAGAAGGUCGGCCUGUCCCCGACACUUCGCCUAGUCAGCAACCCCGUGUUUCUCGAGCAUCAGACAGCAGCGGGAAGUCAGCAGCAGAGACCGGCCUCUUCAUGGAGCAAGCUGUGGUAUCUCAUGCGGAAUCCGUGGGCAAUCUUCUUCUUCUUUUUCGGCAUGCGCAGGCCGGACAGCAGGACGACAGCGCCGAACCGGUGCUCGAUUUGGAUCAGAUUGGGCUCCCUGGAGUUGCAGAGCAUGACAUAUCCCUUACACGUCGCGAUGUUGCCCAAGGCGAUCAUCUGA